AGAGAGAGAGAGAGAGAGGAGAUGAGAUUCAUUCCUCUUUUGGGUGUAGUCGAGCCGCGCCUUAAUAACACAGGCAGGUGAAACCAACGAGGUCAGAUCUAACCACUGACAAGGAGAGGGAGAGAGAGAGGGAGCGGUGACAUCGAGAGGGAGAGAGAGAGAGAGACGCGUCGACUGCAAACCACCUUCACUAUUAUUAUUAUUAUUAUCAUUAUUAUUAUUAUUAUUAUUAUUAUUAACCGACGCGGAGACACAACUCGACAGCUAAAACGGAUUGUACACUUCAAAAAACAAGGACAGAGAGAGAGAGAGAGAGAGAGAGAGAGAGAGAGAGAGAGAGAGAGAGAGAGAGAGAGAGAGAGAGAGUCCUUCAAGAUAAACCGACCCAGGAGUUUCAUUUUUCUAUCCAAUAUUUUUCUUUCUUAACAUCGCCAAGUUCCAGAACCGAGGGACACACGAGCAGCGGCGUUACGACAGAGGGCAGCCAUGAGCUUCGCUGCCUCCCCCCCUGGGAGCCUCUCUGGUCAUUCUAAGCCCAGCGCCCGGGAGAUCUAUGAACAAAGAAAGAAGUACUCCACAUCCAACUUUAUAAUGGCAGACACUUCCCAGUACAGCGUUGAUCACCUGGUGUCGUUCUGCAUGGAUGGCAGUGACAGCGUUCACACUGUGGAGGGCGCUGUGAGCAGGCUGGCUGUUCUCGACUCCAAAGGGAAGAUCUGGAGUCAGGAGAUGCUGCUGCAAGUCCAGAGCGGAGCGGUGACCCUGAUCGACAUCGAGUCACAGGAUGAGCUAGAGAGGUAUCCCCUGAGUGCAGUGCAGCGUUGUGACAGCGUUGCCACGGAGACCAGAUUCCACUCCCUGCUGCUCCUCGUGUGUCAAGAGACGAGUCAGAGGAAACCAGACGUACACUUCUUCAACUGCCUUGAAGUGGAGGCUGAUCUGAUCCGUGAUGACAUCACCAGCGCCAUGUCGGACUUCAGGACCGGGAAGAACUCGAAGAGACCCAACGCACUGCGGUGAGGUCACAUGACUGAUCACAUGACUAACAGCUUACACUGAAGACACUGAGAAAGACUU